GAUGCUGACAGGACCAGCAGACGCCAAGACCAUGGGCCUUCCCUCAGUCUUGCAGGUUGACGAGGGCAGUCAUAGCAAGCUGGCCGAGAAGCUGGCAGCAGCCAACCAGGCCCUCACAGGGGAGAAAGCAGCACUGGCAGAGCGGCAGCAGGACCUGCAGAAGGCGCAGAGUGCGGUUGUCAAGGUGGCCACUACGCUCCGCGAUGCCGAGGUGGCGGGCCUGAAGAAGCAGAACGCGGUGUUGCUGGAGAAGCUGCGCCUCACAUCCCGAUCAGACAAGGCUGAGCUCCAGCGGGCCGAAGCCGAGUCCAAGCACUUGGCCGCAACCAUCGCAGAGAAGGAACUGCAGCUCGAAUCUUCCGAGCAGGAGCUACGGAGAACGGCAGCCCAAGCUGCAAGCGAUGCCAACAUGAAAAAUGAGCACCAGCGCCGCCAGCAGCGAGAAGCGGAGGUGCGGAGCAAGGCCGUUCUUCUGCAAAAGUCAGAGGAGAGAUUAAAGAGCUCAGAGGCAGCAGUUGCCGCAUUGGAGAGGAGCAGGAGCGACUCGCAGGCCUCCAUGGAGCUCCGGCAACUUCAGGAGGAGCUUGGUGUAAAGAGCCUUCGCUCGCAAGACUUGAUGAUGGCUGUCCUGCGGCGGGAGCACCGGCAGAAGGAGCUGAAGCAACAGAUUGAGAUGGUGUCGCGGAACAUUUCAAACCUUCAGUUCGCUUUGGAGCAGGAAGGCCUUCAUCCAGUGCAGGAUGUGCAGCGAAAGAUGAAUGCCAAAACAGAGGCUCUCCAGGACAAGACCAGCCGUGCAAAGCGCCGUAUUGGCGUUGGCCUGCUGCAGGCCUCGCAGCACACCGCUCAGCUUCGCGCCCAGUUUCGUGCGAAGGCCAUGGAAGCACAGGAGAAGAGGCGGCUUGCCCUGUUGGAGCUGGAGGACAAGCUGAGAACAGAGGCACAAGCCGAGGCCAAGGAGCUACAGGCUCAGAACCAGUCGCUGGCCAAGCUGCUGAACUCGCAGGAGCGGCAGGAGUCGCAGGCGUCCCAGGCGUCCCAGUCGAAAGCGACAGUCCAGACGAAGCUCCAGCAGGUGCGGGCGGAGGAGGCACAGCUCCUGGAAGACGCGAACCAACAGGCCUCGGAUUUGGAGGCCCAGCUGCAGAGCCAGCAGCAGUCUCUGGAGCUGGAUGUGCAGCUAAAAGAGAAGUCGAUCCUGGACCUCCAGAAACAGAGGCUGCAGAACGGCGAGCGGAUCCAAUCCAUGCAGCAUGAGCUGGAGGAGGUGAGCUCCCAAAAUAGGCAGCUGGAGCAUGACCUGAAGGCCACCAAGGAGCAGCGCCGGCACAUGGUCAGCGCGCAAGUGCAGCAAGUGCAGCUCGUAGCCGCAAAGCUUGAGAAGGCAGAGCGGGAGGAGAAAAGGCGCACCGCAGGGCAGAUGGAGGGCCUCCAGAGACAGUUGGAGGCAGAAGAAUCCAAAAUCAAGCUUGAGAGAGACCGACAGGCUCGGAUGCGGGAGGAGGAAGGCGGCAAGGAGCUGCUGGCAUCCGAGCUAGGCAAGGCGAAGCUCCAGGAGGUUCGCGGCUUCCUGGCAAAGGAAAAGACGCUGUCGUCCAUCGCGAAGGCGCGGUUUCAGCAGUCAGCCCACGGACGAGUGCAGCUCAGGUUGAACUCAGGCAAUGGCAAGAUUGCCUCUGUGGGCCUUGGGGUCCCGGGCCCGGCAAUUCGGCCGCGGCCCCCGCAACCGCAGUCACGGUCCCCGCGGAGCGAGGACGUGGCCUGGCAGCUGCAGCAGAUGGCGCUGACCUGCGAGGACGCCGUGCGGCGCAUCGACGAGCUCAGCGCGGCCACGCGGCUUUUGCUUGGGGAGCUGGGCGAGGCCACGGCCACCGGGGCCACCGGGGCUACCGGGGCCACCGGGGCCACUGGAAUGGCCACUGCCUCGUCCGGGACUACCGCCAGUUUCACCAACGAAGCGGAGCCCCAAGAGCCGCAAGAGCCGCCCAGCGUUUGCAGCCCGGACUGCGUUGCCGAAGUCGAUGCCUUGGAGCGAAGCCUGGCCUUGUACAGUCCGCCACCUCUGGGCACCAGCAGCGUCCUUCUGGCCGGCCGCUGCAUCAGCCUUGAGAGCUUUUCAAGCUUCAGAUUUGCGAGGCAAAGCCCAGCAGACAGGCGGCGCAUCGCUGAGGGGCUCCGAUCUGGCCAGCUCCAUCGGCUUCUUUGUCACACCUACGGCAAGUUUGACCCACCGGGCGAGGGUUUAACUUGGUCACGAGGUCGGCUCAGGGAUUUCACAAGGGCCUGCUUCUCCGAGCUGGGGAUUCCGCCACCCGAAGAAUCUCAAAUUUACGAGGUGUACAGUUUUUUUGACCCGGAGUUACGCAUGAGCCUGUCAGCUCUGGAGUCUGUGUGCCUGGUGGAGGCAUUGCUCCGGGCUGCACUGCACCAGGAAACUGCCAUCCGGAGCGACGACCGGAGCGACCAAAGCGAUCGGAGCGAAGCGAAAGGGUUUGACCACCCAACUAUGCUGGCUGAGCGUUGGGUUGCGGACUACACACCUCUCCCUGUCAAUGGCACGGUAAGCAUUGCUUACUCAACCGGUGUUGUGAUUCAGUUCGCAGACUUUGCGGAAUUGCUUCAGAGCUUGGCCUAUGCCAAUGCACAGCACAAACCGCGCAUGCUCAAGAACAUGGCAACUUGCAACUUGCUGAAGCAUGCUCUCGAAGUUUUCCAGAGGUUUGACUCUGGAACUGGCUACUUCACCUGCGACAAGCUCGUGGGAUUUGUGGCCGCUGUUUUCAGCGAGGAGAGGUUGCAAGCCCCUACCACCAACCAGGUUGCUGUCUUCUUUGACAAGUUUGCACAGGGCAAGCCGAAGCUGAAUACCAGCGAGUGUCUCUGUCUCGUUGACGCCAUCUUCCGAGCAAUCCUGCACUGCGACGCACGGAAGGCUGACGAGGCGCCCGCCGUACAGGAAGGCAAGACUUCACACCGUAUUUGCACAGAGCAGUGUUUGCCUGGAGCGCUUCCGAACCAGUCAGAGGCUCGGCCAGAUGUGGGGACUUCAUGUGGGUCUGGAUUUGAGCUGACACACGAGGUGGACGCUUUGCUUGUUGCACGGGAGGGCCGCGAGGAGAACUCGGAGGAACGGGCGCUGAGAGCCGCGCAGUCCUGGGUGGCGAGUGCCGACCUGCCCCCACUCGAAGGCCUCGGCGGCAGCGCUGAGUUCGCGCAGAUGGCGCUGCAAGUCUACUGCCAGUACUUCGCCGGCCACGGACACCAGGGGCACCUUUUCUACAGAGGCCCGAGGGGUCAUGAGGCCCAGGACUUCAUUGAAGUUUUCCUCAAGGGCGCUGGCACCGGCGAGGGCACAGGUCUCGCCGGUGCAGUUGUGAAAGUAGCAGAGCAAAUCGACCUCCAAAACUUGGGGUACCUGGACAUCACUCAGUGCCUCCUGCUGGCCGAUGGCGUCCUGCGCUGGAUUCUCACCAGCGACGCAACCUGGGAGGAGCAGGAGUCUCCAGCGGCUCCAGAGCCUCCGUACUUUGGCCUGUCUAUGGUCUUGCGGCCCGACCAGUCCAAACAGACAGGCCCCAAAGCUGAACCACUACAGGCAGACAUAUUCGAGAUCGCCCGGCAAGCCUUCAUGACUUGCGACCACAGCAAGCACGGCUACCUAACCUGGUCCGAGGUGAAGCACUUUGUGGGCAUGGUGUUUCGGAGCUUGAGUUGCAACAUGGCUUCUGAGAGUGAUGUGUACAAGCUGUAUGCUCGAUUUGAUGAGGAGCACACUGCUCGCCUGAGCCUGGAUCAGUGCUUGCGACUGGCAGAAGCUGCUGUCACUGGAAUCUAUGGAAAGCUCUGGGCUAUCAGCGAGCCGUACGAUGCUUGCAGGGCCGAGACUUGGUUUCCGUCGUAUGAGCCGGUCAUGCCGAUGGCUGCGGCAAUGCCGAUGGCGGCCAUGCCAGCGCCGAUGGUGUACGGGUCCUCAUUCGGGCCCGGGUCCUACGUGCCGCCAUACGCAGGCUCGCCCAGCUGGCCCGGAAGUCCAGGACCCACGAACGGUUUCGCCAAGGGCGCAGGCAAGGGCCCAGGCCGGCCAGCCGGCCCAACGGGCCCAACGGGCCCAACGGGCCCAAUGGGCCCGGGCCCAGCCGGAACGGGCCUUGCCCCGGAGCCCAUCGGCAUGAGUCAGGCUCAGGUUCAGGGAUUUUCACCCGUGCUGGAUGAUGGGACUGCUGCGAUGUACUUGCAGCAGUAUUUUCAACUCGUCAAGGCCCAUUGUGACACGACCUUGAUGAACAAGCCUGCAGCUGUCCGGGAGCUCAAUGGCAAAUUGUUCCCGAUCAUCGUGGAGGCGUUCAAGCGCCAUGACAAGGAUGGAGAUGGUGUUCUCCAGAAAACCGAAGCAGGAAUAUUUUUCUCUCUUUUCACUUCAGAUAGGCUGGGCUUCUCUGACGCGGCUCGGGGGCUGGUGGUGCAACACACGGGCGACUCUGAAAAGGCAGCCGCGCAGAUGGCCGCCUACAAAAAGCACAAGGAUGUCCUGGACAGGAAGGCAUUCGCGGCAUUCAAUGCCAACGAGCACGGCUACCUGCAGCUACAUGAGGCCGUGUCCGCGCUCUCCAUCGGCAGUGAAAAGAAUGACGCCGUGUUAAAGGCUUUCGGGCUUCGACCAGAAGAUGCCGACCAGGACGACCACUACUACACCGACCAUUAUGCCUGUAUGGACCACUGGGCCACCGCGUUCUACGUCCAAAGCAGCGACGCCAAGGACAAGCGCGAGGAGAACGUGAGGGUGCCGGACCUGCAGCUCGCCAGUGUCGCCGUUCUCGGAGUGCAGGGCAAGUCCGGCCUCAGACACCGGUCUACAAUUCGUACAACCCCUUCAUCGCGCAGGAGCUGCCGCGAGGGAAGUUUUGCAGCUUCCCAGCGAAUCUCACGAGGACGCAGUUGCCAAAGUCCCCGGACCCACUGGGCUUUACAUCGUAUGGCCAGGAGAGGCGGCGCCGCUUCGAGGAUCCGGUCAUACUCAUCAGCGCGCGUGGCGAACAGCAUGCACUAUGAGUGCGGCCACUUCGUUUGCCGUGCUACAAUUCGAAGGGCAAAAGCAGACAUGUGCAUCAUGAAAGUGACGCCGCAACAAUUCAACCAGGGGGCUUGCUCCUCUUUGCACGCGUGUUGUUAA